GCUUGGCUGUCAGGUCCCUUUGCCUUUUGUUCGGUUACUGAGUUGCUGCCUUGGCCAGAGUCCGGAGCAGCCGCCGCCCGAGCGCGCCGAGCUCAGUUCGCUACCCGCGCCGGCUCCCUCCCGGCCCAGCCCUGACCCGACCCGGCCCGGCCCGGCUCCACGCUCAGCAGCCGCCAUGGAGGUGAUGAACCUGAUUGAGCAACCCAUCAAGGUGACUGAGUGGCAGCAGACCUACACCUACGACUCAGGCAUCCACUCAGGUGUUAAUACCUGUGUGCCCUCAGUCAGCAGCAAGGGCAUCAUGGAUGAGGAUGACGCCUGCGGCAGGCAGUACACACUCAAGAAGACCACCACCUAUACACAGGGCGUGCCCCAGAACCAAGGUGACCUGGAGUACCAGAUGUCCACGACAGCCAGAGCCAAGCGGGUGCGGGAGGCCAUGUGUCCAGGUGUGUCAGGCGAGGACAGUUCUCUGCUGCUGGCCACCCAGGUGGAGGGGCAGACCACCAACCUGCAGCGCCUGGCAGAACCAUCCCAGUUGCUCAAGUCGGCCAUUGUACAUCUCAUCAACUACCAGGAUGAUGCCGAGUUGGCCACCCGGGCUCUGCCUGAGCUCACCAAGCUGCUCAACGAUGAGGACCCGGUAGUGGUGACCAAGGCGGCUAUGAUUGUGAACCAGCUGUCCAAGAAGGAGGCAUCCCGCCGGGCCCUAAUGGGCUCGCCCCAGUUGGUGGCGGCUGUGGUGCGCACCAUGCAGAACACCAGUGACCUGGAUACAGCCCGAUGCACCACGAGCAUCCUGCACAACCUCUCCCACCACCGGGAGGGCUUGCUCGCUAUCUUCAAGUCUGGAGGCAUACCAGCCCUAGUCCGAAUGCUCAGUUCCCCCGUAGAGUCUGUCCUGUUCUACGCCAUUACCACACUGCACAACCUACUGCUCUACCAGGAGGGUGCCAAGAUGGCGGUGCGCCUGGCAGAUGGGCUGCAGAAGAUGGUGCCCCUACUCAACAAGAACAACCCUAAGUUCCUGGCCAUCACCACUGACUGCUUGCAGCUCCUAGCAUACGGCAACCAGGAGAGCAAGCUGAUCAUCCUGGCCAAUGGGGGACCACAGGGGCUCGUGCAGAUCAUGAGGAACUACAGCUACGAGAAGCUCCUCUGGACCACCAGCCGUGUGCUCAAGGUGCUCUCCGUGUGUCCCAGCAACAAGCCUGCCAUUGUGGAGGCCGGUGGGAUGCAGGCUCUGGGCAAGCAUCUGACAAGUAACAGCCCCCGCCUGGUGCAGAACUGCCUGUGGACUCUACGCAACCUAUCGGACGUGGCCACCAAGCAGGAGGGCCUGGAGAGCGUGCUGAAGAUCCUGGUCAACCAGCUGAGUGUGGACGACGUCAACGUCCUCACCUGUGCCACAGGCACCCUCUCCAACCUGACCUGCAACAACAGCAAAAAUAAGACGCUGGUGACACAGAACAGUGGCGUGGAGGCACUCAUCCAUGCCAUCCUGAGAGCCGGCGACAAGGAUGACAUCACAGAGCCUGCUGUCUGUGCCCUGCGCCACCUUACCAGCCGCCACCCGGAGGCUGAGAUGGCCCAGAACUCUGUGCGCCUCAACUAUGGCAUCCCGGCCAUCGUGAAACUGCUCAACCAGCCCAACCAGUGGCCACUGGUCAAGGCAACCAUCGGUCUGAUCCGGAAUCUGGCCCUGUGCCCAGCCAACCAUGCCCCACUGCAGGAGGCCGCGGUCAUUCCCCGCCUCGUUCAGCUGUUGGUCAAGGCCCACCAGGAUGCCCAGCGACAUGUGGCCGCAGGCACCCAGCAGCCCUACACGGAUGGCGUGAGGAUGGAGGAGAUCGUGGAGGGCUGCACUGGAGCCCUACACAUCCUCGCCCGGGAUCCCAUGAACCGCAUGGAGAUCUUCCGGCUCAACACCAUUCCCCUGUUUGUCCAGCUCCUGUAUUCCUCCGUGGAGAACAUCCAGCGUGUGGCUGCUGGAGUGCUGUGUGAACUGGCCCAGGACAAGGAAGCCGCCGACGCCAUUGAUGCCGAGGGCGCCUCUGCCCCUCUCAUGGAACUGCUCCACUCCCGCAAUGAGGGCACCGCGACCUAUGCCGCUGCUGUCCUGUUCCGCAUCUCCGAAGACAAGAACCCAGAUUACCGCAAGCGAGUGUCUGUGGAGCUCACCAACUCGCUCUUCAAGCAUGACCCAGCUGCCUGGGAAGCUGCCCAGAGUAUGAUCCCAAUCAAUGAACCCUACGCUGAUGACAUGGAUGCCACCUACCGCCCCAUGUACUCCAGCGAUGUACCUCUGGACCCCCUGGAUAUGCAUAUGGACAUGGAUGGGGACUACCCCAUGGACACCUAUAGCGACGGCCUGAGGCCUCCCUACCCCACUGCAGACCACAUGCUGGCCUAGCUGGCUCCACCCCAGUACGGCCCCUUCCUGUCUUGCAGCCUUGCCCUCUGCUUAUAGCU